AUGUUCCCCUCGUCAGCGGCGAUGCUGAAGAAUCUGCAGCAAAGUGCAAUGACCUCGCCCUUCUUGAUGGAGAAUCUCCUCCAAAGUAAGGCCUCGUCAGGGACGGACUUGACUAGUCUGACCUUGAACUGGGCGGCUAGUUUGGUAGCACGACAGCGGGAGAGAGAAUGCGAGGCUAAUCUACGAAUCGGUAGAGAGAGAUUGUCUCCAACACCACCGAGUGUAAGUCAAGAACACUCGGAACAACAAAGAUCAUCGAUAGUUGGAUCACGAGGAAUUGAUCGAUCUGGCCAGAUGAUGGAUUGCAGGGAUCAUCAGCGAGCGAAUAACAACGGUGUCGUUGUUGGUGGUGGUGGUGGUGGUAGUAGUAGUAGUAGUAGUAAUAGUAGUGGUAGAUUGGAUCGUCAAAUUCAACGGGACGAGAGGAUGCAAUUCCUUCGUGGGAAGGAAGGACCUCUGGAGAGAGGUCAGAACGCGUACGUCGACGUUGAGAGCGAGAGAGAGUCUCACAAUAAUGUCGUUGAGCGUCUGUGCGCGAUGGAGAGACUCUGCAACGAGAGGAUCGAGAAUCGAUCGAACUCGGCGAUGGACUCGUGCAACUCGAAUGCCGAUGAGGAUCGUGUCUCUACGGAGAUGGACGGUGGUCUUCACGGCGAGAGGGAUCGGGAUGAUUCGGGAAUUCUCACUGGCGAACGUGUCCCUUCCUCUAUCCAUGCGGACAGGCGCUACGACCUUGGAUGCAGAAACGUCAUGCACACGUCCGACGAUAUGACGAUUCACGGGGAGAGGGAGGCCUCGGUGAGCAGCGAGCGUGGACUCGACAGGAUAGGCGAGAGGACGACCGCCUGUUCCUGCGGCGACGAGCAAUGCUUGGGACCUGCCUGUAGAACUAUACAGGAGAAGGAGAAGCCGCAGCUCAAGUUCAGCGUCAACGCGAUACUCGGUGGCAAUCACGAUAGGAGACCGCAUCCUGAGAACUUUCAAGGAUUGCCACCGGAAGCGAUACCCGCCUUUCUGCAAAAUUUACAAAAUUCAGCAGGAUACAACAUAGCCAAGCCUAUAGCGAGACCUGCUGCAUAUCAUCCUUAUCACAGGCCAAGUCAUCAACCACCACAACGUCAUUUGCCUCCAAACGCUCAUCACACUCUACAACAAUUAUUUUACAGAGGCCCGUAUUUAACCGUCGCAAAUUCUGGUACCGGUACUCAUCAUCCGGCGGCACCAGGUGGUGGAGCUGCAUUUCCUGGUGCCAUUCAAGGUGGCCUCGGUGAUUUCGCUGGGACAGGAUUGGUCUUUCCUUGGGCGACGAACGCUCGUGGAAAGCCACGAAGAGGCAUGAUGAGAAGAGCGGUUUUUUCGGAUCUUCAAAGACGCGGCCUCGAGAAAAGGUUCCAAAUACAAAAGUAUAUCAGCAAACCCGAUCGCAAGAAGCUAGCGGAAAAGCUCGGCCUUAAGGAUUCCCAGGUAAAGAUCUGGUUCCAAAAUCGACGAAUGAAAUGGCGUAACAGUAAAGAGAGAGAACUUCUAGCUACAGGAGGUUCUCGGGAACAAACUUUACCAAAUAAGAACAAUCCAAAUCCAGAUUUGAGCGAUGCCGACGGCGAUAGGCCAAGGAUGGACCUCAGCGAUGUGAGUCCUCUUACGAGUCCUCAGAGACCGGAAGAACAGACCGAAAACGAAGAGGACGAGGAAAUCAACGUCACGUGAUAAAAAUCCGACGACGACAAAUGGAUUCACUAUCGACUGAAACAUUAGAAAACGAAAAACGAGAGAGAGAGAGAGAGAGAGA